GAUAAUAAACAUCUCCGCUUAAAGGAAGCUAACUUCGGCACUAUUCCUCUUCUUCCACUUUGUGUAAUCAAACGUGCCAGCUAGCUUCGGCACUCUUCCUCUCGGAAAAUUUCGCCGAAGGAAGAUGGAGUUUGUUUUCGGGAAGUAUUAAGUAUUUUUGUCAAUGUCACGCUGCUCGUAUCUUGCAGCCAAAAGUUGAAGCUUGUGAUCUUAUUACUGUGCUCACUGCUAAAAAAAUGGAACUGUUGACCAAGGAUUAGGCCAAAACUAGAAUGAAUAUUGUGACCAGAAUUGCAGCACAAGCAUCCCCUCUUCUCCACGCUUAUCCCAUUCCCAUCAUCUCCAUUCGAGGUGCCUUUUACUCAUCACUGGGCUUGCAAGUUGGGGUUCGUAGGAGGUUGAAUAGAAAAUUUUCCAGAAAUAUGGCUUGGAGUGUGGAGAAUUCUGAGGUGAGUAUUGAGAGCAAGAUUGGGGUGCUUCGUCCAGCAACCGAUGCUUUUGUUGCAGAGGCAGUUGAAGCUUUGAGAUUUGGGAAGGUUAUUGCUGUACCCACUGACACACUCUAUGGGUUUGCUUGUGAUGCUUGUUCAUCGGAUGCAGUUAACAGAAUUUAUGAGAUUAAAGGACGUAAACAUACAAGCCCCUUGGCUAUUUGUGUUGGGGACGUGUCAGACAUUGAGCGUUUUGCAGUAACUGACUAUUUGCCUCACGGCCUCCUUGAUGCCCUCCUUCCAGGCCCCGUUACUGUUGUGCUUAAACGAGGAGAAUCAAGUGUUCUUGAGCAAUCUUUGAAUCCAGGACUUGAUAGCAUAGGGGUUCGAGUCCCAGACUGCAAUUUUAUUAGGGCCAUUGCUCGUCACUCGGGUACUGCCUUGGCCCUGACCAGUGCAAACUUAAGUGGACAGUCAAGUAGUGUUUGCAUCAACGAUUUUCAGGACCUCUGGGGACAUUGCGCCUAUGUGUACAAUGGUGGCCUGCUUCCAUUGGGUCGUGCAGGUUCGACGAUUGUGGACCUCACUGUACCACAUAAGUAUAAGAUUCUCAGACCUGGAAGCGCAAUGGAAGAGACAAGGGCCGUCUUGGAGAAGCAUUCUCUAGUUGAAGAACUUGCCACUCUAAAUGAGCAGUAAUUGAUGUGCAAUGCCUCCAUCUAGGCACGGCAGUUUCGACAUUUCUUUCACUUGGUCCAACGUAUGGCAAAUUAUGACUGCUGCCGCUGAUUUCCCGGGCAUGUUUUGUGUCUAAAUUUUUUGGUCCUGGACACAGAAUAAUACAAUGUAGCAAUACAAGGUAGGCAUAUCUUGCGUUACCUGAAGAGAUCAGUACUUCUAAGACAUAGAGAUAGGUUAGACCUCUAUUCCCACCAACUAUAUGUAUUAUGAGGCUGUCUACGGAAGAUUUAUGUGAUAAAUUAACGUGCAAUUUGUUUUGCAUGAAAAUUCGCUUGGAGAUGUUUUUGUUGUCUUUAAGAUUUUUGUAUUGUAUUAUAUUAGUUAUGUUGGGUUGUCAAGUUUGAGUGGAUUUGACUUGA